AUGCCCGAGCCAGCCAAGUCCGCCCCAGCGCCCAAGAAGGGCUCCAAGAAAGCCGUCACCAAGGUUCAGAAGAAGGACGGCAAGAAGCGGAGGAAGAGCAGGAAGGAGAGCUAUGCCAUCUACGUCUACAAGGUGCUGAAGCAGGUCCACCCCGACACCGGCAUCUCCUCCAAGGCCAUGGGCAUCAUGAACUCCUUCGUCAACGACAUCUUCGAGCGCAUCGCAGGGGAAGCCUCCCGCCUGGCUCACUACAACAAGCGCUCCACCAUCACCUCCCGGGAGAUCCAGACCGCCGUGCGCCUGCUGCUGCCCGGAGAGCUGGCCAAGCACGCCGUCUCCGAGGGCACCAAGGCCGUCACCAAGUACACCAGCGCCAAGUGAGC